AUUGUUGUUACGCACAUUCUGUACUGUACAUUGAUACAUCAAUGAUUUUGAUACCGUAGUCCGACUGAAAGGGGAAAAAGGGGACGGUGGGAGUGGGAGCCGGCGGCGGCGAAUGACUGAGAAAGGGCAACCCCGCCAAAUGAAAACGGAAGAAUUAGGCGCGGUGUCCACGCUGUUAUUUCAGUUUCCAGCUACCCAUAACAACAUAUCCGCUCCACCCGCAAGUUCCACCCUCCAAAAUUAGAAACAACACCGAAACACGACAGCAAUGGACCGAAAGAAACCCCAUAUUUUCUCUCCUCUCUUUCUCUCUUUCUUUCAUUGCAUUCCCUUUUGCCAUUUUCCAAAACCCAAAUUAAGAAAUGAGUGUAAUUGACAUCCUCUUCCGAGUCGAUGAAAUCUGUAAGAAAUAUGAAAAGUACGAUCCCGAGAAGCACUGCGAAGUCAAUGCCUUCGGCGACGAUGCCUUCGCUGGCCUCUAUGCUCUCGUCGAAGCCGACAUUGAUAAAGCUCUCCAUAAAAAAUGCAGAAAUCUGAGAUGGUAUCGAUGGAGAAAAAUAGAGCAGCGGCGGUGGCAAUGAGCGCUGAAAUUCGUCGACUCAAGGCUCGAUUGAUGGAGGAAGUUCCUAAGCUACAAAAAUUGGCUAAAAAGAAGGUCAGUGGAAUUUCGAAAGAAGAUCAAGAAACUCGUUUUGAUCUGGUUCUUGCGCUACCCGAGAGGAUUAAAGCCAUUUCAGAUGGGUCUACAACCGCUGCGAAUCAGACUGCUGGAUGGGGAACUUCAUCAUCUCGCAAAAAAAUCAAAUUUGACUCAUCAGGGGAGCAUUUUGAUAGUGAUUUUUGCCAACAAACUGAAGAGUCAAAUCAGUUUAGACAAGAAUAUGAAAUGAGAAAAAUGAAACAGGAUGAAGGUCUUGAUAUUAUAUCAGAAGGUUUGACUACACUGAAAAAUAUAGCUCGUGACAUGAAUGAGGAAUUAGAUAGACAAGUUCCUCUAAUGGAUGAAAUUGAUACAAAGGUGGACAAGGCAACAUCUGAUAUUAAAAGAACUAAUGUUAGACUGAAGAAAACUGUUACUGAGAUAAGAUCCAGCCGAAACUUCUGCAUUGACAUGAUUCUGCUCUGUGUAAUUCUAGGAAUUGCUUCCUCUUUAUACAAUGUACUGCACUGAAAUGAUUCUAAAGGCUUCUUCGACGGCUUUCAUUGAUUACAACUUUGUAUGGAACCAAAUUCUUCCAUUACUUGAGGUGUUUUCAUGUACCCAUUCAACACUCAGCCUGUUAUUCAUUUAUAAUGCCCUCAGGAAAUUGUUUUGAAUUGGGUAAUUUCAUUCACCGCUAGGUUUUUUAUGUUACUAUAACAGGACAUGAUCUUUUUGUCCAUCAAUAAGAUAUGUGAUUUAUUGUA